AGAGGGCUCUGGAGUUCAGCGCGGCCUCCAAGGCCUGGGCUCCGGACCUCAUAGGGAGUGAGGGGCGGAGGAGGCCAGUAUACAGCACCGAGCACCGACACUCAUCUCACCGGACACUGAGGACCUGCACCGGGCCGCUGCUCCUUCCCCCACCCGGGGCUCGGCUGGUGAGGAUAUGUGGCUGAACCCGGAGGAGGUGCUGCUGGCCAAUGCGCUAUGGGUGACCGAGAGAGCCAACCCGUUCUUCAUCCUGCAGAGGCGACGGGGACACGGCAAAGGCGGAGGGCUGACAGGCCUGCUGGUGGGGACACUGGAUGUUGUUCUGGACUCAAGUGCACGUGUGGCUCCGUACCGGAUCUUACACCAAACCCAGGAAUCUCAGAUCUAUUGGACCGUGGCUUGUGGGUCAUCACGUAAAGAAAUCACUGGACACUGGGAAUGGUUGGAAAAUAAUCUGCUACAAACUCUUUCUAUCUUUGAAAAUGAAGAUGACAUAACAACCUUCGUCAAAGGGAAAAUUCACGGCAUCAUAGCUGAAGAGAACAAGAGCCUGCCCCCCAAGGAUGAAGAAGACCCAGGCAAGUUUAAGGAGGCAGAGCUAAAAAUGCGGAAACAGUUUGGUAUGCCGGAGGUGGAGAAACUGGUGAAUUAUUACUCCUGCAGUUACUGGAAGGGACGCGUCCCCAGGCAAGGCUGGCUGUAUCUCACUGUCAAUCAUCUCUGCUUUUACUCAUUUUUACUAGGGAAAGAAGUAACUUUAGUCAUCCAGUGGCUUGAUGUGACUCAACUUGAGAAGAAUGCAACUCUGCUCUUUCCAGAAUGUAUCAAAGUUAACACACGCGACAAUGAGUACUUUUUCUCUAUGUUCCUUAACAUCAGUGAGACCUUCAAACUGAUGGAACAGCUAGCUAACAUUGCCAUGAGACAACUGCUAGACAAUGAAGGCUUCCUGGAAGACCGAAAUCUGCCUAAACCUACACGACAACUCAAGAACAUCUCUGCUCUGAAAAGAGAUUUAGAUGCGAGAGCAAAGAAUGAACAAUACCGAUCCACUUUCCGACUGCCAAGAGAUGAGAGGCUGGAUGGACACACAGACUGCACUCUGUGGACACCGUUUACCAAGACGCACAUACCCGGUCAAAUGUUUGUGUCCAAUAACUACAUCUGUUUUGCCAGCAAGGAGGAGGAAGCUUGCCAUUUAAUCAUACCACUUCGUGAGGUUACAAUUGUGGAGAAAGCCGACAGCUCCAGUGUGCUGCCAAGUCCUCUGUCUAUCAGCACCAAAGGAAAAAUGACGUUCCUGUUUGCCAAUCUGAAAGACAGAAGUUUUCUGGUGCAGCGCAUCUCUGAUUUCCUGCAGAAGACAUCGCUGCAGAGUACUGGAGGGGACGAUAGUGGGGAGCAGAAGACUGCUGCAAGGAAAGGAAGCAAGGGAAAUAAUGAGGCAACAAAGCUGCUUUCUGAAAGUCCAACUGAUAUUGCCACCUGCAUUCCUCAGAAGUCUGGCUGUGAGGAUGCCCCUACUGCGUCUCAUGGACUUCUCAAACUCUUCCUGAGGGAACCAGCAGACGAAGAAGGGCCAAAAUGGGCAAAAGAAAAAAUGAAGGAGGAGUCUUGGAACAUUCACUUCUUUGAGUAUGGUCGAGGGAUGUGUAUGUACCGAACAUCAAAGACCCGCGACCUAGUUUCAAGGGGCAUUCCAGAGAGCUUGCGAGGAGAACUUUGGCUCUUGUUUUCAGGAGCAGCGAAUGAAAUGGCAACCCAUCCUGGCUACUAUGCUGAUCUAGUGGAAAGGUCCACAGGAAAAUGCAACCUUGCAACAGAUGAGAUUGAGCGUGACCUCCACCGCUCCAUGCCUGAACACCCUGCAUUCCAGAAUGAGCUUGGAAUAGCAGCUCUACGCCGUGUGCUCACUGCAUAUGCCUUCCGCAACCCCAACAUUGGGUACUGCCAGGCCAUGAAUAUAGUGACCUCAGUUCUGCUGCUGUACUGUAACGAGGAAGAAGCAUUCUGGUUGUUGGUGUCACUGUGUGAGCGAAUGCUGCCAGACUAUUACAAUACACGGGUUGUUGGGGCCUUGGUGGACCAGGGUGUGUUUGAAGAGCUGACACAUGAGUGCCUACCUCAACUGUCUGAGAAGAUGCAAGAGCUGGGAGUCAUCUCCACCAUUUCCCUCUCCUGGUUCCUCACCCUGUUCCUCAGUGUCAUGCCAUUUGAGAGCGCUGUAGUCGUAGUUGACUGCUUUUUCUACGAAGGCAUCAAACUGAUUCUGCAGCUGUCAUUGGCUGUACUAGAGGCAAACAUGGAUGCCCUGUUAAACUCCAGUGAUGAAGGGGAAGCCAUGACUAUACUCGGAAGGUAUCUAGACAAUGUGCUGAACAAGCAAAGUGUGUCACCUCCAAUCCCCCACUUGCAUGCUUUACUUACCAUUGGUGAUGAACCACCAAUUGAAGUUGAAAUUUUUGAUCUCAUCAAAGCAUCCUAUGAGAAGUUCAGCAGUUUAAGAGCUGACGACAUUGAACAAAUGCGAUUUAAGCAGAGGUUGAAGGUCAUACAAUCUUUGGAGGAUUCUGCAAAGAGAAGUGUGGUGAGAUCCAUUUCUACUGACCUCGGCUUCUCCAUGGAAGAGCUGGAAGAUUUGUAUGUCCUCUUCAAGGCUCAGCAUUUAAUGAGCUGCUACUGGGGUGCGAAUCGUGCAUCCAGUAAUCGUCAUGAUCCCAGCUUGCCUUACCUGGAGCAGUACCGCAUUGACCUGGACCAGUUUCAGGAGUUGUUUGCACAACUCACUCCAUGGUCAUUUGGCCCUCACAUCACUAUAUUGGCAAUACGGAUUUUUCGCUUGUUAGACAGCAACAAGGACUCAUUAAUAAACUUUAAAGAAUUUGUCACUGGACUAGGUGGAAUGUAUCAUGGUGACAUGACAGAUAAGCUGAAAUUUCUAUAUAAAUUACAUCUACCCCCUGCUCUGAGCUCAGAAGAAACAGAAUCCGCUCUAGAAGCCACUAACUAUUUCACAGAGGAGGUCACUCCCGAAAUAUCUCCUUUUCUCUCCGAACUGGAUCUUAUUCUGCAGAGUGAGUUCCCAGAUUCAGAUGGGGGCAGUGGGUCUACACCUGAAAAUGGAGACUCUGAAGGCAAAAAAGAGGAGAAAACAAAUAACACUACUGACUACAAGUAUUACUUGCGGAUGUGGGCUAGUGAGAAGGAGCAGAAGAAAGAAACUAUAAAGGAUAUGCCUAAAAUGAAUCAGGAACAAUUUAUCGAACUAUGCAAGACUUUCUACAACAUGUUUAGUGAAGAUCCAGUUGAACAGGAACUCUACCAUGCAAUAGCAACGGUUGCCAGUCUCCUUUUACGCAUUGGCGAGGUGGGGAAAAAGUUCACCAAUCCUCCUCUGAGAAAUUCAGGAGACACCCAGCCAAAUGUCACCAUGGAGCCCUCAAGCGAAGAAGAGGAGCAUAAUUCCAGCCCCGAGUACAGGCAGCAAAUGGCUACUGAAAAAAAUCCAUCCAGUGAUGCCAUCUCCGUUCCGUGCAACUCCCAAGCAGGACAUAUGGAAGAAGACUUUCAAAAACUGAGAAUGGAAAGUGGAAAUCCAGAAAGAAACAGCCCGCCUACUCAGCCCACCUCAGAUGAUGAAACCAAGGAUGACACUUCGGUCUCCUCCUAUUCCAUGGUCAGCGCCAGUUCCCUUCAGUGUGAGGAUAUUGCAGACGACACAGUAUUAGUUGGGUGUGAAGCUGGCAGUGCAACCCCCAAAUACGGCAGCACCAUUGAUGCCGAAUGGUCUAUCUCUUUUGAACAGAUUCUGGCUUCCGUGCUGACUGAGCCAGCCUUGGUCAGCUACUUUGAGAAGAAAGUGGACAUUGUUCAGAAAAUGAAGCAGAAGAAAGUUGAAAGACAAAUCAGUUCCUCCAGCGAGCAUGAACUCUCUUCUGUCUCAGGAUGAAGUCUGUUUCUAAGUUAUUCAGAAGCUGAUGACUAAUUCAUGGGAUUGUUCCAUCCAAAACGGAGUUCAAUUUUGGGUAGAUGUUGAGAAGUUAAAUUGCACAGCACAGCACCUUGAGACUUCAGAAACAAACUGUCCACAUCUCAAUCUUCAUUCUAGUGGCAGAUAUCAAAAGCUCUCACUUUUUCUAGGGGUGGUUCAUAUUGUUAGGUAUGCAGGAGGAAUGAGGGCAUGUGAUUGGAAGACGCAGGCCCAGGAAUUCGAGCAAGAAGAAAGAGCAGAGCCUCCAAGAGAUAAAUGGUGAUUUAACCCAUCAGCAUCUACUCAAAAAUGACAAAAUUGUUGCAUGGAAUGACCCUUAUAUCAACAUACAGCAAUUUGUUUUUAAUCAUCUGUUUCCAUUUCAGCUACUCCUAGCUUCAGGUAUUGUGCAUCUCCCACCAGUAGCCCCUGCAAGCUUCAGGAAAGCACUGCUAGUUGGAAUAAUCCUGCACUGCAGAAUAACUUAACUGCAGCCUACACCUCUGCAUGCUUAUCUUCUAUUUUAAUGAAUGGGUUUUUUACUCCCCCUAUAUGCGACAACAUAUCACUGUGUUCUUGGCUGCUUUAUGUCGAACAUACAGCACCAACACGCGGCACUGGUGUUCCAAUGUGUGAUAAAAUUGAGUAACAGUUGCCUUUUCCUCUGGUGACUCUUUGCUUGUCUGUCUUGUGCCUAAAUGAUGUACUGUUGGAUCCUGUUUCUGCUACCAAAGUGUAGCCAGUCAGUACUGUGUCAUAGGCAUGUAGCUAAAGUGCAAUAUAUUGGUAUACAGAAUAGUAUCCCAUUAUUAUUUUUUCCCCUGAAAACUCCAAAUCCAUUGUAUGUUGAGUUACAUGCUUAUUUCCUUUCAGUUUCCCCCCCCCCCCACAUUUACAUAUAUUUUUGUUUUCAAGAUUUGUGCCUGUAUAGUCGUGACUUUUCCAUGAAUGUUUUUUUCUUUUUUCCUAGUUUAGUUACUACUUAUUUACACUAGAUACAGCCAUCAUUUUGGCAUAAUGCACUAUUCUGCUGCUAAAUCACUGUGUUUUGUAACAUUUCAGGUAUCUCUCCUAUUUUUCCUUUGUCGUCUUGUUUAAAUUAUGUUGUCUUCACAUUCCAUUUCUACAACAUAAAUACUCACGUUCUGGUAUUGUAAUACGUAGCUUGACCUGUGACUUGCAAGUAGCAAAUAAAUAUAGAACAGGGGUUAGGUAGGAAUUGCUUACACUGAGAGAAGGGGUUGAAAAUCAAUUUGCAAAAAAAGACACAAAUCCCUGGCCUUCAACCAAUAAAAAGCAGUUUUCUCUUUAACAGCUUAUUUAGUGAAGAAUGCAGUCACCUCUAUCAAUCAAUUGGACUCCUCUUCAUUUGGCUGCAGUACACUGAAAUGCGGUUGCUAAUGCUUACUGCAAUUUCACAUUGUCUAUGCAUUACACCUAUUAAAUAAGCCAUGUUAAACUAACACUCUCACAAGAGAAAUAUAAAGGCUGCUGUUGCUGACCACCUACUAAAACUGCUAGUUGACUGGCCAUAAUGCUUAUCUUCUGCUCUCGGUUCUGAGUCACUGACCUGGAGCAAAUAUGCAAGUCAGGAAAUGCUGAGAAAGGUAUGUACUGCAACAAGAGGGACAGCAUGACUGCCAGAAGUUGGCAAUGGCAGCCUCAAUGUUUCUCUAAAGGCAAGUUUCCUUAAAUUACUACACUAUUGAUUUUGGAAGGUGUUUUUUUUACAGGUGAACGAAGCAAAUUGAGGUGGUGAAAUAAAGUUUACAGUAGUAUAAACUACACUGACUUACAAGAGAAAACAUUGCUUUGUGAAAGUUCAUACCUCCCCUCUUAUAUGGUGGUACGGCACUUUGCCCAAAAGGGCUUUUUGCGGAGUUAUAGUUCAAUGCUGGAUUCCUUGUGAGAGUCUUGCUUAUUUCCACAUAGAAUGCAUGUGCUCAGAUAUUGUGAAAGCUAACGUAAUUAGCAGUGUAAUGAAGCUUCAAAAGGACUCUGGGGAGUCAGCAUAGAACUGUGGAGGUUUGUACUGGCGCCUUAUACAGCCUGAUUCUGUAGGCAAGGGUUAUCAUUGUGGGUCUUUUUUUUUAGCCAUGUAAACACUGGCUGCAGCAGAUUCUUUUUAAUGUAUUCUCAAAUUUUGACAGAGAUCCUGCUAUUAGAGGCAAGGAAUAGUUCAGGCCACCAGACAGCAUAUGCAAUAGAAAAUCUGGGUGAAUUUACUUUAUCAGCAAACCUGUAUUCUAUACUAAUCUUAUGUUUUGCUAAUCUAGUACAUGGUGAGCACAUAUAUUUUCUUCUAGAUGCCUCUGCUACAGCCCAGAACCUUCGUUUUUCCAUCUUCUAGGUUUGCAUUAGACACCACAUGCCACAAUGCAAAGAUGGUUUCUUGGUGACAAUCCAGAUGUGCUUGCUUUGCAUUGUCAUAUGAUAAGCCUGUCUGGCUAUCAGAAGAAUCAAACGUUUGAAAGAUAUUGGAGGAUAUUGCUCACAACCAAUGAGGUUAGUUUUAACCCGUGUAUCCAAAGUAGAGGUUUACGAUAAAUGAAAAGCAUGCAUAACAGCAUAAGCUGAAAUUACUGUAAAAAAUCAAUGUCUUCUUUGCUUCCUUCACUUCAGAAAGCUCUCCAAACAUUGCACAUGCCUAGCUAAUUAAAUAUAAUUAAGUCCGCACUUUAAGGCCUUGUGCACACUGCUGUUUUGGUUUCAGAUGUUUUUUGCUGCCAAUAAACUCCCCAGCAUGUCCAUGCACACAUAGGCUGUUAUCAGCAGUUUUUGGCCAGGGGCGUUUUCUUGCUGGGGAAAAAAAAGGCAAAACUAGUGAGUUUUGAGAGGAGUUUUCCCAUCUAAAAAAAUGCUCUGACUCUAAAUAAAGAUGAAAACAACUUAAGACGCCAAAAAAACAUGGCUAUUCGGCAUUUAUCAGCGUUUUUGAGCCAUAGGCUUUUAUGGGAGUAUAGUUUUGCUAAAAGAAAUGCUGAAAAACGCUAGUGCAAAAACAUUGAAAAACUCACUCUACAGCUAACGCUGCUGGCUUUUUUUUUAUAACAUCCAGUGUGCAUGAGGCAUCGUGCACACUGAACUUUAUAAAAAAAAGGCAGUAGCGUAAGCUGUAGAAAGCUGUAGCUAUAGAGAGUUUUUCAGUGUGUUUUUUUUAGCAAAAAUUUAGUCCCAUAAAAGCUUAUGGCUCAAAAACGUAGAUAAACGCCCAAUAGCCAUGUUUUUAAGCCAUUUUCAGCUUUUUUGCAGAAAAAAAACAGCAGCUGUAAAAACGUCCAGUGUGCAUGAGGCCAAACAAAAAAAUAGCAUUAUUUAACAAUGUUCAUGUAAAAUGUCCCACCAGAUCUGCCAAUUAAUUAGGGGUUCAUUUAUGAAACUGUGAAUGGAAUGUGUAAUUACAUGUAUCAAACAGCUAGUGAUAAGCUGUCCAGUUUGUUUAUGCUACAGUAUGUUUAUUUUUUGUGCCAUUUUAAUGUCCCUUGCAUUUGUUUAGCACUAGAGAGCUAUUAAAGAGACACUGACAUUCAGGACAAAGUGACAGUGCUUCCUGAAAAUCAGCCCUGCCAGCAAAAUAUAGUCCCCCUUUUCUGCUCCUUCAGAGCCCUCGCUCCAGUACUGUAACGUAGCAAAGCUUAAAGAUUAUUGGGAGAAUAUGUCUACCCCCCCCCCCCCCUUCUCUGGAGUUUGGAUGGGCUUCUGCAGUGAGGAUCCAGCGAGGGACUGUGGAUCAAUGAGUAUACUUUGCUGGGGAGAUGGGCUAUUCUUUUUAUCUAUAUCAUAUGAGCCCCCAUAUGCAGUAUGCAGCAUAACCAAGAUCAACCAGCAAAUGAAAAUGGAGUUGCUAUUGAUCAUUGCGUUUAUUAAAUAUCAUAGUUUUUUUGCCUUUUUAUAAUGUAAUAUGUAUCUCCAUCCAAAAUGUGUUCUGUUAAUUUUGGAAUGAGUGGAUGAGGGUUUAAGAAUCCUCAGGUUUUUCACACUUUUGUGCUUCCCCUAUUAAGGAUAUUUUUUUUGCUAGUGACACCCAUCAUCUAGACAGGAAAUCUCCCCACUGAAGACGCAACGGUAAAAACCCAAAAUUAGGUUCUAACCCUUUUCCAGUCAAUCCAAUUCUAAAAAUAAAAAAAAUGGUUGAAGUUCCACUUUAAGUGCGUGUCCGUGGAAAUCAGCCGGUGAUAAUUUAGUAGCCAUAUUUUUUUUUUGUUGUAUUGUGCAUACAUGCAGACCUUUCCCAUACAGUAAUCACUGCCUUUCUUUAGCCUUGCAGUAUGAUUUACAGAACAUAUUCAUGUGUUAAAAUAUUAACCACAACUCGCUUGUUAUGCCAAGAGGACCGCUCUCACAUUGUAGGGAAACUUUUACCUAGAUACAUUUGUUAGCCUUGGCUUCUGCUUUUGGUAGAUGGUAUCUAGGAUAAAACAAGCUUUUAUAAGCCAUCUUCUCAAUUCACUGUGUAUUGUAAUAUCAUGAUACUUUUUAUAUGUUGCUUCACCAGACAUGAUACUGAGAUUACACGUCUUUCAGAUAAUACAAACUGGUCUAGAUUCACUUUCCUGUUAAACGCUAUAUGGUGUAUGCACUCUUGUGUUUACCUUUAUUGUAGAUGGCAUCAAUGGCCAACAUUGAUCACAACAUAAUUUAUUAUUAUUUUUUAAUCUACUGAGUUGAUAAUAUGUAUGUUUUUAAUCACCCAAUGGUCUUGUAUUCAAUAUAAAAGAUCUAAAUAAACUUUGAAUGGCUGUC